UUUAACGUUUUAGUUUCGGCGCUUACCUGUGUAGGUAUUGUUUAAAUAUGGAUGAAACACUUUAAAAAUUGUUACAGGUACGAAGUUUUCCGUAUAGUUUCUACUCCUGUCCACCCGUUAUUUCUAUUUCAAUCGAGAAAAAUGGCAUGUAACAAUGAAGAUAAAUUAGACAUUAAUGAUGAACUAAGUAAAAUACAUUUAUCUUUAUAUGAAAAUGUUAUUGAGCUUUGGAGAAUAGAAGAAAAAUGUCGCCUUAAAUUAAAAAACAUUGAAGAGAUUAAUAAUUCUACUGCACUUAUAACUGAAGAAAAUGAAGGACAGGAGAAACAAUUAAUUGAUAUAAAAGCAAAAAUGAAGGAAGUUAGAGACGAAAUAUUGAGUAUGGAAAACGUUAUAUUCUGUCUUUAUGAAACCUUAGCUUAUCUGGAAGUACAACAGAAAGAAAAAGAGUUUUCAGUUUUUAAAUCUAAAAGUGAAAAUGAAUUACAGUUAUUUAUAAGAAUGGAAUUAUGGCAAAAAGAAGAGGAAAAUAAUUUGAUUGAAAAUCAAGAAAAAGUUGAAUCAUUAAAAUCUCCAGUCAAAACUAUUCAAGAUAAUCUUAAUGAUAACAAACAAUUACAUUUAAUGUACUCUAUGAAAUCUGCGAAGCAAUCGGAUUCAAUAAAUCUUAAUUCUGAUAAAAUUAUAAUGUUUGAUGAUAUAUUAUUACAACUAGAAAGUACAUCUAAUGAAGAAAACAAAACAUCAGGUUUAUAUUGGAAUAAUUGUAAUGUACCGGUAUCUGAAAACAGUGGAAAUUAUAGUUUUUGUGGAUCAGAUUUGUCUGAAUUAUUUGGAAAUGUAUAUGACUUCAGUCAAUUUGCAGAAAUGAAAUUGAAUUUUAUGAACAGUUUAGAUAGUGAUUCAAAUACACCAAAUGACACUGAUUUCCAAAAAUUGAAAAAUAAUAUUACCCAAAAAUCUAUAGAUGUCAUGUUUCAUAAUCAUGAAAAUGAAUCAUUUAAGAAAAUAAAUAAUGAGAACUGUAUGUCUAUGAAUACAUCAACAGCAAAUGAAUCAAAUGAUUUGAUUCAAUCUACAAAACUAAAUUUUGAGUCAACUGAAUCAUUUAUGUUUAAUUUUAAUUAAUUUUUUUUCCAUAGAAAU